AGACACUUCUUCAGGAACCUGGGCUCCAUCAUAACCUAUGCCUUCCUAGGAACAGCUAUCUCAUGCUUCGUCAUUGGAAACCUGAUGUAUGGAGUGGUGAAGCUGAUGCAGUUCAUAGGGCAGCUGACUAACAAGUUCUACUACACAGACUGUCUUUUCUUUGGAGCCAUCAUCUCUGCCACUGACCCAGUGACUGUGCUGGCCAUCUUCAAUGAGCUCCAUGCAGAUGUGGAUCUUUAUGCCCUGCUGUUUGGAGAGAGUGUCAUGAACGACGCAGUGGCCAUCGUCCUCUCCUCGUCUAUUGUAGCCUAUCAGCCGGCUGGAGCCAGUACACACACCUUCGAUGCCACAGCCUUCUUCAAGUCAGUGGGGGUUUUCCUGGGCAUCUUCAGUGGAUCCUUCGCCAUGGGAGCCAUCACUGGAGUGGUCACUGCCCUCGUGACCAAGUUCACCAAACUGCACUGUUUCCCUCUGCUGGAGACGGCCCUCUUCUUCCUCAUGUCCUGGAGCACCUUCCUAUUGGCUGAGGCCUGCGGGUUCACAGGUGUCGUGGCGGUGCUGUUCUGUGGGAUCACUCAGGCCCACUACACAUACAACAACCUAUCUGAGGAGUCCACCAAGCGCACCAAGCAGCUGUUUGAGGUCCUUCACUUCCUAGCAGAGAACUUCAUCUUCUCCUACAUGGGCCUGGCUCUGUUCACCUUCCAGAACCAUGUAUUCAGCCCCAUCUUCAUCGCCGGGGCCUUCGUAUCCUUUAACCCUGAACAGUGACUACUCUAUAACUCCAGCACCUCCUCCCUGCUGCUUCCACACGACGAGGCUUCAUCUGGAUUUAUCCUGACCUCCAAAGCACUUUAAAGACUGUGUCUUCUAUCCUCCCUUCCUGUGUUGAGCUUUGUUUACCUCUAACGCACCACCACAC